AUGAGCAGCAGCAUGCGAGACCUGAUCUCUGGCGAGGCGGAGCUGGAUGACGAGGAGGAUGAUGAGUCGUUUGACGAGGAGACCGGAGAGGGGCGUGUCAAGGAGCACACCGUCAUUGAUGACUCCAGUGAGGAGGAAGAGGACGAUGAUGACGAGGAGGAAGCACGAAAGAUCCGCGAAGGCUUUAUUGUCGACGAGGAUGAGGAGGAAGAAGACGAUCAGGAUGAUUCAGAUGCCGAAGCUCGCCAGCAGGUCAAGAGGAAGCGCGAGCACCGCGACCGCGAGGAAGAGGAGCGCCUCGACGAAGACGACUUGGAUCUCAUCGGCGAGCAAUUCGGUGAACGCCCGAAGCCGAAGCCCCAACCGAAAUACAAGCGUCUAAAACGUGGCCAUCGAGACGAGGAGGAGACCGUCAAAGAGCCCCGGGGACUCGAAGAAAUCUUUUCCGACGAAGAUGAGGAUGCUGGAGAGCAGCGCCCUCCGCACGGACGAUCGAAUUACAGGGACGAGUUUGACGACUUCAUCGAAGAGGACUUCCCCGAGGACGAAGAAGAGAGGAUCCGGCAGCUUGAAGACGCCGAGGUCGCUCGUCCCGUAAGGGACCGUCCCGGCGUUGGCGCCGUCUUUGAUACCAGUCAGCUUGACAAGGAUGCCCUCGAUGACAUGGAGGCCAUCUUCGGCAACGGCGAGGACUACGACUGGGCUCUUCAGGCACAGGAGGAGGAGGACAUGCGCGAGCAAGAGGAGGCCGGCAUCGAGCUCAAGGAUGUCUUUGAACCCUCCCAGCUCAAGGAGAAGAUGCUUACGGACGAAGACAACCAGAUCCGCUCCACUGACGAGCCGGAACGCUUCCAACUGGACCGCAAGAACUUCAAGAACCUCCAACUCUCGGCCGAGGAAUUCAGGGAGGAGGCCCGGUGGAUCACCAACCAGAUCUGGCCCAAGAAGGGGCUUGCUGGUGAUCUCCAUGGACCCUUUGGCAGGGCCGUUGGCAAGGUGCUCGAGUUCUUCAUAGUUGACGAGGUCGAGGUUCCCUUCGUCUUCCAGCACCGCAAGGACUACCUCCUUCACACGACCAAGACGCGCACGUCGUCUCGUGACGACCCUGACGGCGCCGAAUACUCCAUCUCGGCCGAGAAGCUCCUCAACCAAGACGAUCUGUGGAGGAUACUUGAACUCGACAUCAAGUUCCGCUCCUUCGUCGAGAAGCGGAAUGCCCUGACACGGACGUACGAGAGCCUGAAGGACCACUACCAAGUGGAGGACACAUCGAUUGAGGAGAUGAUGCCCGAGGCGGCCACCAUGGAAGAGCUCCAGGAUUUACAGGACCACCUCCAUUUCCAGUACGGUACCCAGCUACGAGAACUCGCCGCCGCCAACGGUACUGCGCAGACAAAGCGCCCCGGGUCCAAGUCGACAGUCUUGGAACGCGUCCGCCAGAGCAGGGCAUCCCAGUUUGCCAAGGCCUACGGCAUCACGGCAGACCAGCUGGCCAAGAACGCGCUGAGGCAAGGCAAGAAGGUGGCGCCCGACGACGAUGCGCAGUACCCCAUGGACCUCGCGGACAGCCUCGUGGACGACGGCUUCGACACCGGCGAUGCCGUCAUCAACGCGGCGCGCCAGCUCUACGCCGAAGAGCUCUUCUCCAGCCCCAGGAUGCGCAAGCAUUUCCGGGGCUCCUACUACCAGGCUGCCGAGAUCAGCUGUCGGCGGACGGACAAGGGCCUGCGCCGGAUCGACGACACCCACCCCUACUACGAGAUCAAGUACAUCCAGAACCAGGCUGUGGCCGACUUGGUGCACCAGCCCGAGCUGUUCCUCAAGAUGAUGAAGGCCGAGGAGGAGGGUCUUGUCGAGAUCAAGGUGGAGAUGCCGCGCCGCUACGACUUCCGCAGGCAGCUCUACCAGGAGUUCGAGUCGGAGAACUUCAGUGACAGGGCAGAGCAGUGGCGAGACGAGCGUAAGAAGGUUCUCGACCUGGCCUACCCCAAGCUCGAGAAGGUCAUCGCCAAGAGCGUCAAGGAGGUUAUCCGAACAUACUGCCAGGAUGAGAUCCUCCGGGCAGUUCGCGAGGAAUACUCCAAGAGGCUCGACCAGGCACCGUACAAGCCCAAGGGCAUGAUCCUGGGCACGUCGCCUCGCGUCCUGGCUCUCUCCAAUGGAAUGGGUGACCCUGCCCGUGAACCGGUCAUCUGGGCGUGGGUCGACGACGACGGCCGCGUUCUCGAGCACGGAAAGUUUGGCAACCUGGCCAGGGACGAGGCCCAGCGCGACGAGUUUGCCCAGCUGAUCGAGAGGCGCCGUCCCGACGUGAUCGCCGUGAGCGGCUGGUCGGCCCACUCGCACAGGCUGGUGGGUGACGUGGAGAAUCUGGUGCGGGAGAAGAACCUGAUGGGGUCCGAGUUUGAGGAUCCCGAGACGAAUGACUGGCGCACCGAGCCGCUCGAGGUGGUGACCGUCAACGACGAGGUGGCACGGCUGUACAAGGACAGCCCGCGGGCUCUGGCGGAGCACCCCUCUCUCAACCCCGUCACCCGGUACUGCGUGGCCCUGGCGCGGUACAUGCAGAAUCCGAUGAAGGAGUAUGCCGCGCUCGGCGAGACCGUGUCGUCGCUGUCGUACCACCCGUGCCAGAACCUGCUCCCCAAGGACAAGCUGGAGAAGUACCUCGAGUCAGCCAUGGUGGACACGGUCAACCUGUGCGGCGUCAACAUCAACGAUGCCAUGACGGACACGUACACGGCCAAUCUGCUGCCGUUCGUGGCCGGCCUGGGACCCCGCAAGGCGACGAGCGUCAUCAAGACGAUCAACGCCAACGGAGGCGUCGUCAACACGCGCGACGAGCUGGUCGGCGAUCCCGACAGCGGAAAGCUCCCGGUGGUGGGCCCCCGCGUCUGGAACAACUGCGCAAGCUUCCUGUUCAUCGAGUACGACGCGACCAACUCGGCGUCGGACCCGCUGGACAACACGCGCGUCCACCCAGAGGACUACGAACUGGGUCGCAAGAUGGCGGCGGACGCCCUCGAGCUCGACGAGGAGGACGUCAAGGCCGAGACGGACGAGAACGGGCCGGGAGCGAUCGUGCGCAAGCUGUUCAAGCAGGACGAGCAGGACAAGGUGAACGAGCUGGUGCUGGAGGAGUACGCUGAGCAGCUGGAGACCAACUACCAGCAGCGCAAGCGGGCGACGCUGGAGACGAUCCGGGCGGAGCUGCAGGCCCCCUACGAGGAGCUGCGGCGCAACUUUGCGCUGAUGAGCGUGGACGACAUCUUCACGGCGUUCACGGGCGAGACGUCGCGGACGCUGUGCGAGGGCAUGAUCGUGCCGGUCAACAUCCGGGUGGUCAAGGACGACUUCGCCAUCGCCAAGCUGGACUGCGGCAUCGAGGGCCGGCUGGAGGCGCACGACGUGACGAGCCGGGCGUCGGUGCGGGACGUGCUGAGCACGGGCCAGACGGUGCAGGCCAAGAUCCUGGACGUCAACUACAAGGACUUCGUGGCGCGCCUCUCGACGCGCGAGGAGGCGCUGCGCACGCCGUACAGGCGGCCGAUCAACUACGGGCGCGACGGGUGGGACUACGCACAGGAGUCGACGGACAGGGAGGAGCUGCGCGAGAAGGACAGGGCGACGGGCCGCACGCAGCGCGUGGUCAAGCACCCCAACUUCAAGCCGCUCAACUCGGUGCAGGCCGAGGAGUGGCUGGGGUCGCAGCCGGUCGGCGAGGUCGUCAUCCGCCCCUCGUCCAAGGGCAACGACCACCUGGCGGUGACGUGGAAGGUGGCCGACAACGUCUACCAGCAUAUCGACGUGCUCGAGAUGCAGAAGGAGAAUGAGUUCUCGGUGGGCAAGCUGCUCCGCAUCGGCAAGUACACGUACAGCGAUCUCGACGAGCUGAUUGUCGAGCACGUCAAGGCCACGGCUCGCAAGGUGGAGGAGCUGAUGCGCCACGACAAGUUCCAGAACAAGUCCCGAGGGGAGACUGAGAAAUGGCUCACUACAUACAUUGAUGCCAACCCCAACCGAUCAGCCUACGCCUUCUGCAUCGACACCAAGCACCCGGGCUACUUCUGGCUGUGCUUCAAGGCGGCCAAGGCGGCGCCCGUGAUCGGCGUGUCGGUCCGGUCCAUCCCGCAGGGUUUCGAGCUGAAGGGGUACCAGUACCCUGACAUGAGGGCUCUGUGCAACGGGUUCAAACUCCGUUUCCAGAAUGAGUUUGCCAAGAUGGGGGUGCGGUAA